GGUGCCGGACGCCCGAGAGGGCGCCGUCCUCCCGCGGGCGGGACCAUGAAGGUCGAGUUUGCGCCGCUCCACAUCCCGCUGGCGCGGCGGCUGCAGACGGCCGCGGUGCUGCAGUGGGUCCUGUCCUUCCUGCUGCUCGCGCAGGUGUGCAUCGGAAUCAUAGUGGUACUGAUCGUGCACAACUAUUGGUUCCUCUACGUCCCUUAUCUAACAUGGCUUUGCCUUGACUGGCGGACCCCAGAGCAGGGAGGCAGGAGAUCCAACUGGGUCAGAAGCUGGACCGUUUGGAGGUAUUUUAAGGACUAUUUUCCAAUUCACCUCAUCAAAACUUGGGAUCUGGAUCCAAGUCACAACUAUAUAUUUGGGUUUCACCCGCACGGAGUGCUUGUUGCUGGAGCCUUUGGAAAUUUUUGUACGAAUCAUUCAGACUUCGAGGAGCUGUUUCCUGGCUUCACUGCGUAUCUUCACGUGCUCCCAUUUUGGUUCCGGUGUCCUCUCUUUCGAGAAUAUCUGAUGACUAGCGGGUCAGUCUCAGUUUCUAAGAAAAGUGUGUCCUAUGUGCUGAGCAAGGAGGGAGGUGGAAACAUUUCAGUCAUUGUUCUUGGGGGUGCAGAAGAAUCGCUGGAUGCCCAUCCUGGAAAAUUCACUCUGUUCAUCCGCCAGCGGAAAGGAUUUGUUAAAGUGGCUUUGACCCAUGGUGCCUCCUUGGUCCCGGUGUUUUCUUUUGGAGAAAACGAACUAUUUAAGCAAGUUAACAACCCUGAAGGCUCAUGGCUUCGAACUGUGCAGGAGAAGCUACAGAAGAUCAUGGGGUUUGCUUUGCCUCUGUUCCAUGCCAGAGGGAUUUUUCAAUACAAUUUUGGCCUGAUGCCCUAUAGGAAACCUAUCCACACUGUGGUUGGCCGCCCAAUCCCUGUUCAUCGGACUCCGCACCCAAGCCCGGAACAGAUUGAGGAGUUGCAUCAGACCUAUAUGGAGGAGCUAAGGAAAUUAUUUGAAGCACACAAAAGAAAGUACGGUAUUCCCGAGCAUGAAACUCUCAUUUUUAAAUAACCGUACUCUUAGAAGACAUAUAAGAGGAUGAGAGAACAUCCCAUUGCAGGAUACAUGUUUUAAAUAAGGUGUUUUUUUUUUCUUUGACUCUGGAAUCAAAUUUGCAACUCAAUGCAACUGAAAAGUAUUGUUUAUGGUGAUGGAUGUUGAUGUGCACCAGGUGCAAAUAAAUAAAAAUAUAGUGGGUCAACUGGAGGAGAAGGUUGGAGAUGGCUAUAAUAA